AUGUCCACGCUCCUUGUCAAGGAGAAUUGCACCGUUUUUCGUGAGGAUCUCGGUGCGGCGGUCGCGUGCUUCCCGCGCCUCAUGCACAUGCAUCUCAGCGACGGCAGCGCGCAGCCCAUCGACGACGCAUUCCUCGCGCGCCUCGCGGCGUGCUGCCCCAAGCUGACGGCGUUCCAUCUCGGGAAUGGAACACCUGUCGAUGGGCUGCUUGCACUGCGAGUUCGGGCCCUCGCGCUCGCCGAUCUGUCAGCGGUAACGACCCCAGAAGUGAAGAACUUGAUCGCCCUCGAGGCGAUCGCCAUCGACACGGCGGUGUGGGACUACGACGACCUCGAGCCCCUCGCGCACCUGCCGCGCCUCACGUCCCUCUCCGUGCUGCAUGAAGUCUCUCUCUUUCCUGGCACCUUUCGCUCUCGUCGGUUCUCCUUCGUGCGCCUAUCAUCGCUCAAGUUGUUGGAUCUAGGGUCUAGCCCCUCUCCACCGUUCGAUGAGAUGUUCCCUUCGGAGACCCCCUGCAGCCUGCUGGAGCGCGUGUCGCUCUACCAGUGCGAUGAGCUUCAGAAUCUCCCCCACAACAUCAUCGAGCGCCUGCCGUGCCUGCACGACCUGAGCAUCAGCGCGUGCGACACCUUGCUGGAGCAGCCCAAGGCGGUCACGUUGCUCACCGGGCUGCGCUCCUUGAAGCUCGCCAGGUGCCCAUUCGUCGGCCUGCAAGACUACUUGGGAGAGAUGAACGCGCUGACGACGCUCAUGCUGCACAAGCUCAACAUCUACUUCCCUGCCUCGUGCAGCCAGCUCAAGGCCCUCCACACGCUGGCAGUCAUCGACUGCGAGUAUCUGGACGACCUACCGGACCCGCUCAGCGCCCUCACAGUGCUCUCCACCCUCUGCCUCGCGGGUUCACCCUUCCUCGUUCUCCCUAACGACAUCAGAGGUCUCACCAACCUCCAAACCGUAUUCGUGAAGACGUACAGAGCGCGGGAAAUCCUUCCUUCCUCCUUCACGCAGCUGGCAUCGCUCGCACACCUGGAGCUGCACGAGUGCGAGCUGGUCGACCUGCCAGAGGCAGUGGGGGAGCUGAGGCGCCUGCGGGAGCUGUAUGUGCUGUCUUGCCCGCGCAUCCAGAAACUCCCAGACUCCGUGGCAGCGCUGCUGAACCUGGAAGUGCUCGUGGUGGACCAGUGCGGCAGCCUGUUCUCUGUGCCCAAGAAUCUGAUCGAUCUGACCAGGCUGAAGCAGCUGGAUUGGAAUAUUCCCAUGGCACACAAGAAAGACACUGCCAGCAUGCAUUGCAAGGCUUCAAGCUUCGCCAUUGCUGUUGCCAUUUGGCAGGCCCAGGAGCUGCCACGUCAGCCGCUGAAGCUCAUUGGUGAGGGAGAGGCGGAGGGAGGAGGAGCGGGCGAGAGGGGCGGGACGGGCAGAGGAGGUGGGAGAGGAAGGGAAGGAGGGAGGCGAGGGCUUGCAGUGUGGCAUUGA